GACGAAGAAUAUUAUGAUAUUACAAUUGAAGUUGGUAAAGAUCCUUACGUAAAAAUUUUUCGUGCUCAUAUGGUUAUAUUAAAUUAUCGUUCUCCUUAUUUGAGAAGAAUUUUAUCAACUAAUGAAAAGAAAAAUGAUGGAACCAUAGCACAUAUUAAAUUACCAAAUAUUUUACCUGAAAUUUUUCAAAUAAUUUUAAGGUAA